UCAUCACUCAUGCAGCGCGAAACGUAGGAUUCAGAACUGUUAAACGUGGAGGCACGUUCCAAGACAAGAAGAAAGCAAACAUGUCUAAAAUUGACAAGAUGAGCAUCCUGGGGGUGCGAAGCUUUGGAAUUGAAGACAAAGACAAACAAGUAAUCGAGUUCUUUACUCCCCUUACGGUUCUGGUUGGUUCCAACGGAGCAGGCAAAACGACCAUAAUUGAGUGCCUCAGGUAUGCAACUUCAGGAGAACUUCCCCCAGGUUCUAAAGGAGUUGCUUUCGUCCAUGAUCCAAAGGAGGCCCACGAAACAGACGUGCGGGCGCAGAUUCGACUUCUGUUCUCUGAUGUCAACGGAGACAAAAUUGCCAUCCAACGUUCCAUGUCGUGUACCCAGAAGACGAAGAAUUACUCCUUUAAAAGCUUAGAGCAGGUUAUUACUCGGAUAAAGGAUGGUGAAAAGGUGAGCUUGUCAUCCAAGUGUGGCGAGUUAGACCGCGAGAUGAUUUCUGCACUAGGCGUUUCCAAGGCCGUGUUGAAUAACGUCAUAUUCUGCCAUCAAGAGGAUUCCAACUGGCCACUUAGUGAGGGCAAGGCACUCAAAGAAAAGUUUGAUUCCAUCUUUGCUGCAACCAAGUACAUCAAAGCUCUGGAGACGAUGCGUCAGUUGCGUCUCAAGCAGAGCAACACCGUGAAAGAGUGCCAGGUGGAGUUGCACUUUUUGAAGCAGAACAAAGAGAAGGCCCAGCAGAUUAGAGAGAUUGUCGCCUACAAAGAAGAUCAACUGAUGGCCUCCAGGGACCGUGUCCAGAUGCUGGAAAGCCAAAUCGAGCCACUGGAAAAUCAGUUGGCAGACAUCGACUUGAAACUGGGCAAGGUGAUGAAGCUGGACAAUGAUAUCAAGGUAUUGGACAGCAGGAAGAAACAGAUGGAGGAGGACAACAAGGAGCUCGAGGAAACAAUGGAAAAGGUGUUCCAGGGUUCGACCGAGCAGCUGCAAGAGUCUUACCUGAACCACCAGAGAACCGUAAGGGAGAAGGAAAGUAGGCUGAAAGACUGCCAGAAGCAGCUGGAGCAAGCCGACAGGGAGUGUCAGAGACUCAACAGACAAAAGUCCGAGCUCCUAGUGGAACAAGGACGUCUCCAAGUCGAGUCUGACUGCCACACACAAAACAUCAAGAACCGUGACACUCAGGUCCGCUUAUUGUCAUCCCAACUGGAGAUGGAAGGCUACGACCGGCCGCCCUUCACGACUCUUCAGCUCGAGAGCUUCCAUCGUCAUGUCACUCAGAGACUGGAGCAGGAAAAAAUGAAAGUUGCUCAGGUUAUGGCGGACCUGCAGGAAAAGGAGCAGCAGAAACAACAGUCAAUUGAUGAUAUCAGGGAUAAGAAGACGGGUCUGGAGAGAAUAAUCGAACUGAAAAAAGACAUGCAGCUAAAGAAGCAGCUUGAGCUCCAGAAUGUCCACACUGAGCUGCAGAGGCUUGAAGGUUCGUUCGGCAGAAUGCACGAGCUGGAAAGCGAGCUGGCCAAAGCGGAACAUGAGCUGCAGAGUGCCCUCGAGACGUCCAACGUAGAGGGGCUGAAGGUCGAGGUUGUGGCGCUCCAGAGAGAAAAGGCAGAGCUCGACCGCACACAGAGGCAGCUGGACCAAGAGAUGGCCGUGCUCAACAUGCACACAACAGCACGUACUCAAAUGGACAUGUUGACUAAGGACAAGAAAGCGAAAGAGGAGCAGGUACGCAAGAUCAAGUCACGUCAUAGUGAUGAACUGGUGGCACUGCUGGGCCACUUUCCCAACAAAAGAGAACUGGAGGACUGGCUUUACGCUAAGUCAAAGGAAAUAAACAGAACCAGGGACAAACUGGCCAAACUCAAUAAGGACCUGGCAUCCAGCGAGCAGAAUAAGAACCACAUUGCUGCUGAGCUACGUAAAAAGGAGCAGCAGUUGACAAAUGAUGAAGAAAAGUUCUUCAACGUCUGCGGCAGUCAAGAUCUGGAGCAGGACCUCAGCAAAUUGCAAGAGGACCUGGAAAAAAUCUCCAAACAAAGAGCCAUGCUUGCUGGAGCCACUGCCGUCUACACCCAGUUUAUCAGCCAGCUGACCGAGGAGAGGGAGCCCUGCUGCCCCGUCUGCCAGCGAACGUUCCCGUCCGAACCCGACUUACAAGAGGUCAUCGGCGACAUGCAGUCCAAAUUGCGUCUGGUUCCAGACAAGCUGAAGAACACCGAGCAGGACCUGAAGAGGAAGGAAAGAAGGAGAGAUGAGAUGGUGACACUAAGACCAGUCAGGCAGUCCAUUCUGCAGUUACAGGAGAAUGAGUUGCCUGAGCUGCGAAAUCGACUGCAGAGUGUGAACAGAGAUAUUGAGAGGCUGAAAAAAGAUGUGGAGGAACAGGAGACUCUGCUUGCGGCUCUGAUGUCAGAGGAGGAAACCGUCAAGGCCUGUCAGCAGGACAUCGCUCUGAUGGACAGAUUCCUGAUGGAUCUAAAAGAAGUGGAGGUGAAAAUAGCUCAGAACGCCGCUAAACUCCAGGGAGUAGACUUGACCAGAACCGUCCAGCAAGUCAGUCAGGAGAAGCAGGAGACUCAGCUCAAAUUAGACACCACAUCCAACAGGAUGGAUCUGAAACGCAAGCUGAUCCAAGACCAGCAGGAUCGGAUUCAGAUGCUGAAGAGUUGUGUGAACGAGACCAAAGCGGAGAAACUCCAACUGAGCAGCGACAUGCAGAAGCAGCAGCAGCUGGAGGAGCAGCGUGCUGAUUUCUCCGCUGAGAAUCAGGCCUUAACCAGGGACAUCCGGGAAGCGAAGGAGCAGCUGUCUCCGCUAAUCUCCACGUUGCAUAAGAUGCAACAGGAAAAAGAGGAGAUGAUGGGACGGAGAAGGCAGAAGCAGGAAGAAGGACAGGAAAAGAUCAACACCAUCAAAGAGAAAAUAAAGACCAUCUCCGACGUGGAAUGGCACAUCCGCAAGUAUAUUGAAGAGGGCAAACAUGAACACCAGGAGAAAAAAGAAUCUCAACUUCAAGAAACCAACACGCUGCUCCAUGCGGCUGAACGUCACAAAGAGAAGAUCAGCAAAGAGAAAGAAAACAUCCGUCAGGACAUCGACACUCAAAAUAUGCAAGAGCGCUGGUUACAGGACAACCUGACCCUAAGAAAGCGUGUUGAAGAGCUAAGAGAGCUUGUGGUUAAGCGGGAGGCCUUUUGCAAAGAAAUAGGCAACAUGCAAGUGACACAGCUGCGCCAAGAACGACGUGAAGCCGAACGCAAGUUGGAGGAGCUGAAGAAUAACCGCAGCACUGCGUUCGGUCGCCAGAAAGGCUUCGAGGAUGAGUUGCUGCAUCACAAAAAAGAGUUGCGAGAAGACCAGUACGGUAAAGCGGACGAGCGCUACAAAAACAAGAUGAUCACAAUGCGUACGACCGAGCUGGUCAUCAAAGACCUGGGACUCUACUACAAAGCCCUCGAUCAAGCCAUCAUGAAGUUCCACAGCAUGAAGAUGGAUGAAAUCAACAAACUCAUCAGAGACCUUUGGCGGAGCACCUACCGAGGACAAGAUAUUGAGUAUGUGGAAAUUCGCUCGGACGUGGAUGAGAACACUUCUGCCGAAGUGCGACGAAGAGUUUACAACUAUCGAGUAGUCAUGGUAAAAGGAGAUACCAGUUUGGAUAUGAGGGGGCGCUCCAGUGCUGGCCAGAAGGUGUUGGCAUCUCUUAUUAUCCGUCUUGCCUUGGCGGAGACCUUCUGUCUGAAUUGCGGGAUCCUCGCACUGGAUGAGCCCACCACCAACCUGGACAGAGAAAACAUCGAGUCGCUGGCACACGCCCUUAUCGAAAUCAUCAAGAGCCGCUCCCGCCAGCGCAACUUCCAGCUGCUGAUCAUCACGCACGACGAGGACUUUGUGGAGCUGCUGGGCCGCUCCAGUUACAUCGAAAACUUCUACCGCAUCCGCAAGAACCGGGAACAGAACUCUGAGAUCAUCAAGUGCAGUAUCAGCUCUCUCUCCUCCUAUUUACACUGAGUAUACCGCAACACCUCUACAGUAACUAGUUUCAUCGUUACCAUUUACAGUUCCACUUAGGUUUGUUCAUUAUACAAGAAAAUACCUAAAUAUAAACACAGAUUAUUCUAGAAAUCAAAUUUCAAUGUUUUUGGUCGGGUUCAAUUUUGGGUUUUCUGAAUUCACCAAAAACAGAGAAAUGACUUAAGUUUGCAUCUUGACUAUUGUAUCAAAGUGUUGUUGAUUGAUUGAAUGGCUUUAGAACGCUGCAUUGUUAGCAGUACCAGUGAGUUGAAUACAAGGUUGAGUUUCUGGCAUUAAAAAAACGACUUCCUGCAAGCUGCAAUCUGUGUGGAAAAUGUGAGAAUAUAGAUAUAUAUGUGUACAGAAUAUCAGUAAUAUUGUUAAAAAAAAAAUGUUAAUGAGCUCAUAUGUUUCGUUAAUGGUCACAUUUAAAUUUCAUAAUGUUAUUCCGCUUUUAACUUUUAAGUCACGGUAGUCGUUCUAAUAGUGGGAAGAGAUGGGGGGGAAAAAAUAUGCUCAGGUGCUUAUUUUCUAAUAUUGUGACCUAAUAUGACACACAAAUUCAAAGAAACAUAUCUCAUUUUGUUGUAAGUAUAAUCAACUAAAUCUUAUUUCCGGUGUACUGCAGGGUAACAGCAUUUUUUUUUUAAAGGGGGUGGGGGGAACGAGUAGUAUAAAUUCCAUGCUUGCGAUUGAGGCAUCACAACGAACUAGUCGCUGACAAUUCAAGCGCAUUCCGACGAGGUGAAAUUAGAAGCGAAAAUGAUGACCUUGAUGAUGGCGACGCUCUUGAUGAUGGCUUUGCUGGGCCAUCCGGCUUCGCUGGGCCAUCCAGCUUCAACCAAGCCGACCCACCAAAAACCCGAGCAUAAACUCAAACCAAUCAUCGACUUGUUUGAUAGCAACAUGUCAUUACCCACGGGAGACUUUGAUCGUUUGACACAUCUGGCAGAAGGCAUUGGAAGAUGUGAGGCCAAGUUCUUCUGCAAAGUUCACGAGCUCCUGAACAAAACAAAAGAGACCGAGGAGAUUGCAAGACAUUUAAACGUGUACAAUCGUCAGAAAGAAUUUCAAUGCAAAGCCGUGCUACAGCGAGUGGCACCGACGGGCAACAAAUACCAAAUGCCCCUUCUUAAAGAGGAUCUCAUCAAAUGCAUCCGAUACAAAAUCAUGCGCAGCUCAACGAGCACCACCGUGCCUUCGACAAUUACAACCAGGCCGUCGCAAUAGACGCAAAGGUCACUUUGAAAAUGAAUGACGUUAAAUGUGUUCACCCUGGUUUACAAAACUGCUACUUCAUCAACUUGAAGAGCUCUUCAAACCGCUGCAGUCAAAAUCAUUGGAAUUCAUCUAUUUAUUAUAUACUGUGUAUUUAAGUGGCAUAUUUAAUGUACUCCCAACAAAUGAAAUAAAACGAAAUCUUAUUGAGCAUUUA